AUGGCAUCUUCCCCACCAAGUAUACCUUUUCCUUUAUCAUCCUCUAUCUCUUAUGCAUAUUUAUCACCCACUUUUGCUUUGUUUUCUUCUGCCAUCUCAUCCACUAAUGAUCCACAUACAUACAAACAAGCUGCCAAAGAUCUAGAUUGGUGUAAGGCAAUGGAAAUCGAACUUGAUGCAUUAGAGCUAAAUCACAUUUGGGUUCUUACUGAUCUACCCCCUAGUAAAGUCCCUAUUGAAUGCAAGUAUGUCUACAAAACCAAGUACCAUUCAAAUGUCACUGUCGAGAGAAAGAAUGCCAGAUUGGUGGCCAAAGGGUUCACUCAACAAGAAGGGGUGGACUACCAUGAAACAUUUUCACCAGUGGUCAAAAUUGUCACUGUCAGAACAAUCCUUGCCUUAGCUGCAAUUAAAGGGUGA